UCCUGGAGAUAGGCCCUCCCCUCCUAGUGCUGGUUGUGUGCAGGUCUGUGGACCAGAGACUGAGACCAGCGGGACAGGUCCAGCAAACUCUGCCCUGUUUCCUGCUGAGAUCUUAGCUCCCAGGUCCAGCUCCAGCCCCCCUCUGAAGCCUGGACUGUCUUUGCCUUGUCCUCUACCUCCGUAAUGGGACACUCUGCACGCUCCGGUGAUUCAGGCGCCCGGGCACAGGAAGAGCUCACUGAUGGAGACACCUCUUGAGAAGGCCCUGACCACUAUGGUCACCACUUUCCAUAAAUAUUCGGGGAGAGAAGGCAGCAAACUGACCCUGAGCAGGAGGGAACUAAAGGAGCUGAUCAGGAAGGAGCUGUGUCUUGGAGAGAAGAUGAAGGAGACCAGCAUUGAUGACCUGAUGAAGAGCUUGGACAAGAACAGUGACCAGGAAAUCGACUUCAAGGAGUACUCGGUGUUCCUCACCACACUGUGCAUGGCCUACAACGACUUCUUCCUGGAGGACAGGAAAUGACCAGGGCUCAGCCCCUCC